UUUUCAACAAUUAAUUGCGUUCAUCAUAUUCAUAUUGUAUACUCUGAGAAAAGUUUAUAUUUUAAAAUUCGAUCUACAGCCACUGCUAGCAAAAAAAACCAAGUCAUCAACUACGAGAAAUGUCGGCAAUAUUGGGCGAUCGCAAUGCACGCAAGCGAAUUAUCCUAGGGACCCUGGGCCUAGGCGCAGCCGGCGGGGCCAUCGGACUCAACGUGGCCAUCCUAAAGAACCUUCAGCCAAUUGCGCGCCACACAGCAACCAUGGCCGGCAACUGGUCCCUCUGUGGGCUCUUCUUCUUCACGACUCGCGAGGCUCUUUUGGCCGAGCAGCGCGAGAAAAAUCAAGCGAUGAAUCUGCGCAUAUCGCAGACCCGCGAAAAUGACGAAAUGUUCAGCAGCGCAUUGGCCGGCGCACUGACCGGCGGCACCCUGGCCUUUAUCAGCCGCGGUCGCAGAAAGUCGGUGGUUUCGGGCGCUGUGUUCUUUGGCCUGGUGGCAGUUAUCGGCCAGUUCGCAUUCACUAAAUUUAAUCACCGGCGGCAGCAGAUUAUUAUUAGGGAAAUGGCCGCCGAGAAUAAAACGAAGCAGCAAGGCAAUAUUGCGGUAGAAACUGCGGAUGAUGAAGCGGAGUCAAUGUCAAUUAUUGCGCGGGUGCGGCGCGCAGUGAGCGUCGACCCGAUUACGCUGCUGCCUGAGUGGUUUCCGCUGCGACGGAUCCCUCGGAGGAAUACCGCGAGAUGCUGGGAGGAGGUCCGCUUUGAGCUCCGCAGACUGCGCUCGAUCAUUGAUGACUUGGAUCGCCGCGAGCAGAACCUAAUGAGCCGACUGCAGCAGGAUUAGAGUCUGCCAGUAGAAUGCUGAAUUGUCGGCCAAUUGACCGGCUCUGACUGUAAAUGAGUCGUUAAUUGGCCAUGCCUUUUGUGUGCAAAAUUUUCUGUUAUAUAAUAUAAUAAGUUGAUCUUUUUUCGCUCUCUUUCG